AAUAAUACUUCACUCUUUAAAAGAGUAAAAUGUCCAAAACCCCAACGGUUAUUCAUUGGUUUCGCUUAGAUUUACGUAUUCAUGAUAACCUUGCCCUUCGCAAUGCUAUAAAUGAAGCAGAAAACAGAAAACAUUUGCUCAGACCAAUUUAUUUUUUAGAUCCAAACAUUAAAGAUAAAGUAGGCAUAAAUAGAUUGCGGUUUUUGUUACAAAGCUUAGAAGAUUUAGAUAACAAUUUAAAGAAAUUAAACACUUGUCUGUAUGUUUUGAGAGGAAAAGCUGUGGAUCUAUUGCCUAAGUUAUUUGAUGACUGGCAAGUAAAAUAUUUAACAUGUCAAGUGGAUAUAGAUCCUGAGUUUGUACAGCAGGAUGAAUACAUUGAAGACAUUGCUGAGAAGAAAGGUGUAUUCAUUAACAAGAGAGUACAGCAUACAGUUUAUGAUGUACAUAAAGUUUUGAGAGAGAACAAUGGAGCUGUACCACUCACGUAUCAAAAGUUUCUUUCAUUAGUAAAGAGCAUUAAUGUAAAGGAACCAAUAGAAAUAUCUAAUGUCUUAUCAAGCCACUGCAAGCCAAUUGAUAUACAAUCUGAAAACUAUAGUAUACCCAAUUUGAAGGAAUUACAAAUUGAUGAAGAAACAUUAGCACCUGUGAAAUAUCAUGGUGGUGAAACAGAAGCUCUUAAACGUUUGAAUUUAUACAUGUCUAAAAAAGAAUGGGUUUGUAAAUUUGAAAAACCAAAUUCAUCUCCAAAUAGUAUUGAACCAAGCACAACAGUACUCAGUCCAUAUAUUAGUCAUGGUUGCUUAUCAGCAAAACUAUUUUAUCAUAAACUCAAAGAGGUGGAAAAUGGUAGGCAACACACCUUGCCACCAGUAUCUCUGAUGGGACAAUUAAUGUGGCGAGAAUUUUAUUAUACAGCAGGAACUGGUGUAGCCAAUUUUGACAAAAUGGUUGGUAAUGCUAUUUGCAUUCAAAUACCUUGGACAAAAAAUGACGCCUUCUUAAAAGCCUGGGCAGAAGGUAAAACUGGUUACCCAUUUGUUGAUGCAAUCAUGAGGCAACUGAAACAAGAAGGUUGGAUCCAUCAUUUAGCUAGACACAUGGUGGCUUGCUUCUUAACCCGAGGUGAUCUCUGGAUAUCAUGGGAAGAGGGAGCUAAAAUAUUUGAAGAUUAUCUACUUGAUUAUGACUGGUCAUUGAAUGCUGGUAAUUGGAUGUGGUUGUCAGCUUCUGCAUUCUUUUACAAAUAUUUCAGAGUUUAUAGUCCAGUGGCAUUUGGUCAGAAAACUGAUAAAGAGGGAGUUUACAUUAAGAAGUAUGUACCUGAAUUAAAGAAGUAUCCACGAGAAUAUAUAUAUGAACCAUGGAAAGCACCUCAGUCAAUUCAAAGAAAUGCAGGAUGUAUUAUAGGAGAACACUAUCCUAAACGAAUAGUCAACCAUGAUACAAUACAUAAAGAGAAUAUACAGAAAAUGUCAACUGCAUAUAAACUGAAUAGGGAAAAGAAAGCAGUAAAGAGACCAAGAUCUUAAUUUAGUAUGAUCUGAUUGUUUAAUAAGGAAUAAGAUCUUAAUUUUGUUAAGUAAUAAAUAAAUAUACAUUAAGGUAAUUUGAAAUGAAAAUAAUACAGAAGGUAAUAUAAUUACGAUUUAACUACCUCAAUAAACAGUAAUU